UCCGCAUCCGCAACAGGCAUACUAAUUAUAGUAGCGAGAAAGUGACGCGCCGGUUAGAGAGCAAAUCACCUCGUGCAGAUUUCAUGUCGCGGCUUAUUUCCAAGGUGCUGAGCCAGGAAAUGGAAUUGGAGGAGCUUACGGCUCAUGCAUCGACUCUAGUGCAUGUUUAUAUAACCGAUCUUAAAAAUGCUGGGGGCGAGACGGUAGCUACCUUCCUGGCCGCAACCAUGUACCAUCUUCUAUCUACCCCGAAGGUAUACGAAAACUCCUGGAUGAGAUCCGCGCGAGAUACACCGAUGUAUCCGAGAUUAACGCUACCAACGCUUUGCAAUUACCAUGACUAUUGA